AUUCAACCGCGAACGGUGGAGAAGGUAGGUCGGUCAUUUUCGAUUUUAGUGAACGGUAAAGUUUACGUUAUUUUUUUUUUGUUUAUUAAUAAAAAUGUGUUAGUGAUGGCUCCUAAUUAUAGCAAAGUUUUAAACAAACACAAGGUUCUUGCUGGUGCAGGAGCCUUAGGAACAAUUCUGCUUAUUAUUUUGAAAUAUAGGAAUAAACAGGGAAAACUUAACAAAAAAAAAGUACAAAAAGCGGUAGAAGAAGAAGUAAAAUAUUUAAUAUCGGACAAAGGAGAAACUAAAAUCAAAGCACAAGUAGACAAGAAAUUCUUCUCACAAUUAUCGCAGCUAUUUGGAAUAGCAUGCCCGGGAUGGACCAGUCAAGAAAGUGGGUUAUUCUUCUUAAUUGCCGUAAGUUUAGUAUCCCGAUCUAUGUGCGAUUUGUGGCUAAUCAAUCAUGGUACUAAAAUCGAAAGUUCAAUCAUCGCAAUGAACCCAACUCUCUUCAAGAAUCGCUUGCUCUACUAUGUCUUAGCUAUUCCGAUAAUCUCAGUGGUAAACAAUGUCCUAAAAUACUCAAUAGGUGCUCUGAAAAUCCAACUGCGAACUAACAUGACAAGACAUCUCUAUGAAGAAUAUUUGAAGAAUUACACCUACUACAGGAUCACAAAUCUAGACAAUAGGAUAUCAAACGCAGAUCAACUAUUGACUACUGAUAUAGAUAAGUUUUGCGAAGGAGUUACCGAUUUAUAUUGCAAUACUGCCAAACCUUUGCUGGAUAUUGCUAUUUAUGUUUAUAAGUUAUCGACAACUCUGGGUGGAGGCACUCCUGGAAUUAUGCUGGUAUAUUUAUUAAUUUCUGGCGUAUUAUUAACCAAUUUGAGGAAACCAACAGCAAGAUUAACAGCGGGAGAACAAAAAUUGGAAGGUGAAUUCCGGCACAUCAAUUCACGUCUAAUAACCCAUUCAGAAGAAGUAGCCUUCUACAAUGGCAACUCUAGAGAAAAGGCAACUCUAAUGGCCAGUUACAACAAACUCUUAAAUCACUUAAGGAAGUUCUUAAGGUUUAGAGUUUUAAUGGGCGUCGUGGACAACAUUGUAGCUAAAUAUUUUGCCGGAGUAGUAGGAUUUUGGGUUGUCUCGUUGCCGUUUAUGACCAGUGGACACAGUUUUAGACUUCUUGGAACAAACGAAAGAUCAAGAUUGUAUUACACGUAUGGUAGGAUGUUAGUAAAGCUAGCCGAAGCAAUUGGACGAUUGGUACUAGCAGGAAGGGACCUAACCCGCCUAGCAGGCUUUACAGCUAGAGUUACACAAUUAAAGACAGUGUUAAGUGAACUUAACUCUGGUAAAUAUCAACGAACAAUGGUUUCCGGAUCAGAAUCGUUACAGAUAAAUGGCGGAAAAUUAGUUUUUAGAAAUAACAUCAUUAAAUUUCACAAAGUUCCUUUAAUAACCCCCAAUGGAGAUGUUCUAAUUAACGAAAUUACUUUUGAAAUUAACUCCGGCAUGAAUGUGUUGGUAUGUGGUCCCAAUGGAGCCGGAAAAUCUUCCUUGUUUAGAAUUUUAGGAGAGCUUUGGCCUCUGUUCGGUGGUGAGCUCACGAAACCACCUAGGGGUAAAUUAUUCUAUAUCCCACAGAGACCCUACAUGACCUUAGGAUGCCUUAGGGAUCAACUGACAUAUCCACAUUCUGGUGCAGAAGCAGCUCGAAGGGGAACUACAGAUGCCAAGUUGGAAGAGUAUCUGCAAAGGGUGCAACUCGGAUACAUUUUGGAAAGAGAGGGUGGUCUAGAUGCUGUAGCGGAUUGGUUGGAUGUUUUGAGUGGUGGAGAGAAGCAAAGGAUAGCUAUGGCCAGAUUAUUCUACCACCAACCUCAAUUCGCCAUUUUGGACGAAUGCACGAGCGCAGUAUCUGUCGACGUAGAGGGCAGUAUGUAUAAAUAUUGUAGAGAUGUUGGAAUCACAUUACUUACAGUAUCUCAUAGAAAAUCACUUUGGCAGCAUCACGAAUACGUAUUACAUUUAGACGGGCGAGGAGGCUAUAGCUUUAAACCAAUUGAUAAUUGUGAUGAACAAUUCGGAUCCUAGUGUCCGAAUUAUGAAAUAUAUUUUUAGGAGAAUUUCUGAAAACAAAUAUAGAAUCAAGAAACAAAUGGCGAAACAAACUACACAAAGGUAUAUACCACAAGGGCAACUGAUUCCUUAGUAUAUAUCACCAGUGUGUAAAGAUCACAUUUUUUACGUAAAAUAAGAAUACUUUACACACAUUUAUUUUGUCCUUCGAUUAUCAGGAAAGUAAAUUAUCAAAAAAUUCUUCAUUUUCUACCGAGUUGGAAGUUGUAAAGUAUACGAAAAACAGCUGCAUAUGUUUUAAGUAAUUAAAAAAAUAAAAUCAUUUGUUAAAAUAUCCUCACUCAUCCGCGACGUUUCAGUAUUGUACAUCAUCAUUCAAUGUUGAUGGUAUCCAUUACAUGCCGAUUAACAUUACGUAGUUUAAAAUUUAAUUUAAAAAAUCCUUUAUAAAAUGUAUAAUCUUAUAAAAACUCUGUCGAGCUACAUCACGGAAUGAUUAUUCCAUCAUCAGUGCUUUUCUAAAAUAAGUAUUGCCACUUUAAUUAAAACUAACGUGAAAGUUAAAUUUUGACUACGAUUAUAACAAAAUUUCGUUUCAUACUUACUAGGUGUACAUGUUUGAAGCCACUAAAUAUCUGAGUAAAAACCCUUCUAAUAUAGAAAAAUAAUUUUUAUUUACAUUUUGGCUGAUAAUAAACUAGGAUGUUUCAGUUAUAGACGGAAUUUACUUCAUGGCAACGGAGGACUCCAACACUGGGGUUGUUUGGACCUUAGACGAAGUGUCUAUGAGCACAUAUUAAUAGCAGCUGAUCAAAAUGACGCCUUAUGGCGGAAGUCUGAACUAAGCAGCCAAUAUAACUUGAAGUCUGUGUCUAAAUGUGACUAUAGCCAACAUUGCAUAUAAUUAAAUAUGUUAAAAGUUUAUUACUUACAACAGUAGCAACCAUCAAUAUGUUGGAAUUAAAGUGUAAUUUACAAUGAAGGUUUGUUGGAAAAUUGUAGAGGAGGUGUUGAUAUGGAUGGAUAUAAGUUAGAUAAAAGUUUUGAUUGUAGGUAGGGAAAGAUCAAUACACAUAUCUGAUUCAUCGGUGAUGAACUGAAAAAUUAAAUAAUAACGCUCUAUAUGUUUUAAAUUAACAUUUGGUGAUUGGAAAUUUGGAAAGCAAAUAUGUGUAAGAUGCUGGAUUAAAGAUUCUUAUAUCUAAAGAUAAAGAAAGCAAUAUUCUUCUUCUUUACGUGCCAUCUCCGCGAUGAAGGUUGGCAAUCAUCAUGGCUAUUCUGAUCUUAGAUGCUGCCGCUCUGAAUAGUUGGAUUGAUGUGCAUCCGUACCAUUCCCUCAAGUUACGCAACCAUGAGAUUCUUCUGCUUCCUACACUUAAUAGUAAUAGAACAUCACAAUUCAUCCUUUUAGCUAGCCUUCAUCCAUCAAUUUUGUUGGUUCUCCAUAUUUCUUGGAUACAUACAUUACUAAGUAUCAAGUCCUGAGCCUCAGGAUUUUAAUUACAAUUUUGAGAGUAUUUUGAUUGAGAGGGUGCUUAAUGUCAGAUCAAAAUAGAUUAAAAUAUAAUAAAAGAAAAUAUAAUAAAAUAAAGUAGAAUUAAUAUAAAUUAGAAUAAAAUAAAACAGAAAAAUCGAACACUGGCGCCAAUUUGUAAUAUAGACUGGCCUACUAGACAUCACAUAUAUUAAUCAUACCACACAUCUGACACCAACUUGUAAUACUAGUUGGUCUUCUAUAUGUCACAGGUGUUAAUGCAUUAUUCAUUAGCCAUACUUGAACACCAUUUAUAAUAUAUACUCUCUAACACUAACCUCAUACACCAAAAGUAUUAUUCAUUUGUGUCUCUUAGACACAAACAAAUCACAAAAUCGGGAGAAAACAUACAGAAAUAACAUCACAUAUAGUUAAUUACUAUUUAACUGGGAAUAAGCCACAAUUAUGUGGAACAAUCCCAUGUCGGGAUAGUAUUUUGAGGUUUUUUUCCUGGUUUUCCCUCAUAAUUUACUAUGGAAUCACUAAUAGGAGAAUUUUACUGUCAUCAUGGCAUGUGUUUGUCUUUUUAAAGACGAAUUACAUGCUAUGAUUUUUUCUGACGGAUAUUCUCAAGUUAAAGUUGAUUUCAUGUAAUCGAAUGAACUAUCUUAUAAGUAAAGUCGUUCCGGGAGCGCAACU